GUGUGUGUGUUUGUGUGUCUGGUCUCUUCUUCUCCUUUCCUUUCGUCACUUUAAACCUGUUAACUCGUCAUGCUGGUUAACUAGCAGCCGUGGGUUGACCUGCCGCUGAGUGUUCGUUAACUAGCAGCGGCGGCCGGAGAGUUAGCAGAGAGCUAGCUGUAGCAGCGCUGUCAGUCACAGGUAUGUUUGCGUCCUGCUGUAACUGGCUGUGUAUGGACCCGGUGGAGGCUGAGCAGCCUGAUGGAGCCGACGGACGCCACCAGGCCUACACCAACUCGGCCUUCAGCAGCCAGCCGUCUCCUCCUCCACCUGAACACACCUGUAAGGCCUGCGGAGGGCCCUUUGAUACACCUGCCAAGAAGCACAUGUGUGUUGACUGUAAGAAGAACUACUGCAGCCGUUGCUCCGCCCAGCUGGAGCCCCGCCCUCGCCUUUGCCACACCUGUCAGCGUUUCUACGGAAACCUGCUGGAGCGGGCGGAGCUUAUGAAGCUGAAAGUGAAGGAGCUGCGGGACUACCUGCACCUGCAUGAGGUGUCCACCCACCUGUGCAGAGAGAAGGAGGAGCUGGUGGAGCUGGUCCUCGGGCAGCAGUCCUCGCCAUCCAGUGGCUCCGCCCCCGAGACCCCGACCAUCGACCCCUCCUCCGUGACCUCAGACACACCUGACCUGAUCCCUGACCCCCCCACACCGACCCCCGACCCCCCUGCUGCACAGCCCGAAGACCCGCCCACAGAGACCGCCGCCGCCGAGUCCGACGUCCAGGACGAGGACCAGACCUCGGACCCUGAGGAGCCUCCGGUGUUGGGUCGCCGGGCCUCGCUGUCGGACCUGACCUGUGUGGAUGACAUCGAGCUGCUCAGUGUGCGGCAGCUGAAGGAAAUUCUGGCCAGGAACUUUGUGAACUACAAGGGCUGCUGUGAGAAGUGGGAGCUGAUGGAGCGAGUGACCCGGCUGUACCAGGACCAGCAGAACCUGCUGGCUGCCAACACGGUGAACGCUGCAGAGUCCGGUGUCGGCGGCGGUGUCGGCAGCGGCGGUCCGGAGGAGAACCUCUGUAAGAUCUGCAUGGACUCGCCCAUCGACUGCGUCCUGCUGGAGUGCGGUCACAUGAUCACCUGCACCAAGUGUGGCAAGAGGAUGAACGAGUGUCCCAUCUGCCGCCAGUACGUGAUCCGGGCCGUGCACGUGUUCCGGUCCUGAACGCAGGUCCGACUGCCUCCACAGCAAUAAACCUCCUGAAGUCUGCUUCUGUAGUUUGAGCUGCUGUUCACUGUGAAUGUAGAAACUCUACAGCAGCUUCUCACCUCCCAGAACCAGAACCAGAACCUCUGACCCACUCUCACCCACAGCCAACGGUGCCUUCAGCAGCUCCACAUCUACCAAAGACAGACACCUGGACAGGUGAGGAGCCUCUCAGCUGUUUACAACCUGCAGCCAGGUGGCGCUGCAGAGAGACUAAAGAACUCCAGUUCCCACAAUGCAACACUCACAAAUCAAAGAAUCAGCAGCAGAGUGUUGAGGAGCUUUAAUCACACUGAUCGCGCUGAUGAUUGAUCAGCUGAUCAGUCAUCAGCGUGAUCACAGCUCCUGAUGUGAUCAAUCCAGCAGCUUCACUUCAUUAAAGAAACAUCACAAACUGACAGAACCUUCCAGAGCUGCCUUCAGAACUGUGACCACUAAAACCAGCAGCAGAAGAUCCAGAUUUAACCCUCUGAACUCAGUUCUGUCUCGUUGUUCUGUCAGAGUCUCAGCGUUAGAACAGGGAACCAGGGAGAACCACCGAGCCGCCGCAGUCCCGUCAUUAUUCAUUUUACUUAAAUUUAAAAAGUAAUGGACUAUCUGACAAAUGGAGUCAUUCUGCUCUGCUGCAGGGAUGAGAUGCCUUUCAGAGAGUUCAGAGGACGCUUCAUGUCCUGGUUUACGUUCUUACUCAGUAACUGACAGACACCCAAACAUGCAGCUUCUUAUUGCAGAGGGAACAUCAGCAUCACAGCUGGGACCAAAGCUGAGCGUCUGACUCGUUGUUUAAUUAAAGCUGAAUAUUUACCGACACGUUUUCUAACUACAGAGUGUUUCACACAUCAGGGAGUCUGAUGCACAAAAAGGAGCAAAUAAGUGAUUUAUUACCUGAUUUACUUUUACAUGAACAGCGCUGAUAGAUGUUAGUUUUAUAGACGUUAGACACAGACUCCUUUAAACCAACACAACCAGAUGUUCUGGUUCAGGAUCGGAGGCCAGCGAACAUGAACCUGCAGCUUCCGCUC